GAUAACUACCAUAAGUGUCAUGGUUGCCUUUCUCAAUGUCAAUCAGCAUGGUUUAGUUUAGUGAACAUAAAAUGAAUGUCUCGCAUUGUUACAAACUUAUGAAAGUACAGAACAAGUACUCAAGUUUUUUCAGAAAAAUUAGCGUACUUACAAAACAUAUAGCUGUGUCAAACAGAUAUUAUAGCUAUAUCCAUACCCGACUUCUUGGUGAACAAUAUCAAUUUCGUCGAUGUUCUAAUAUAAAAAAGCGCUUGUUAUUAAUUUCUCGUUAUCAGCAAUUUUUUAAAUGUUUUCUUUUAAGAACAACCUUUAGAAACUAUUCCACGAAAGAUAGAUCUAAAAUAGAUUCUGAAAAUGACGUUGACAAUCCUAAGUUAAACUACAUUUUUGUACAGUCAUCAAAAGAUAGAUGGGAGGAUGUUCCUAAUGGAAUAAUGAUUGAUUUGGCUUAUACAGACUCUUGUCCAGAAGAAAAAUACAUAGCUAAAAAUAAGGGCAAAAUUCCUAUUAUUUUGGCUCUUCAUGACUCCCCAGGAUCUCACUAUGAUUUACUACCUCUGUUAAAACCUUUCAUGAAGACUGGGUGUCGAGUAAUAGCUCCAAAUUUUCCAGGAUUUGGUAUUACAGGUGCUGUUGACAAAGGAGCUGAUAAUAUUUUCAGUCAUACUACCGAUGAAAAAGCUGAAUUAGUAAUGGGACUCUUAGACAAUUUAGACAUCAACAGUAUUGACCUAUUGAUUGCUAGUGGAGCUGGUACAUAUCCAGCUUUACGAUUAUCAACUGAAGUAGAUAUAAAUGUCAAAUCUCUUGCUUUUAUCAACCCUUGGCCACAUUCAAUAUUCAGGGGUAUAGCUGAUGUACUUAAUCAAAGUCAUACUGUAACAUCAUUAUGGGAUCGUCCAUUUUAUCACGUUAUUGCAAGAAUAUUUGUAUGGUUAACUAAAAAUAGACUAAAUGUUAAAGUCAGAAGUGUUAAUGAAGCUAUAAAGUAUUUAUAUACUGUUCAUGGUAUUUCUUUUAAUGAGAUAGGUGGAUUACUGGUUACAUUAAGACAGAAGAAUAUACCAAGAACUAUUUUCUAUGCUGAGAAUUCAAGUUUUGUUGAACCUGAGAUUUUGAAGGCAUAUCUUGACCUUCUUGGAAUUGACAUUGAAGAUAGAAUAGAGAUUGAUUCUACAGGGAAAAUAAUUAAUAAAGGAUCCAACAAUUUAGUUAAUAGUGUUUCCAUACAAACAGAAAAUAAUGAAAUUAUAUCACAGUAUUCUGGGAUUAUUAAUGGUAUUCUUAACAACUUUAUGCAUCAUGUGUCCAAACGAUGAUAGUACUGCGAUUUAGAAUUAAGUUACAUUUAUAAAAGGAAAACAUAAAAUGCAACAAAUUUGCAUUUACAAUGGUGCUUUAUUUUGACUGUGUGUACAUACAAUGCCUGAAAAAGGCUCAUGAACAACUGUAGUUGUGCUUUAGUGCUUCUAUCUAUGAAAAAAAUUGAGAAAAUAAAUUACCCUUAAAAAUAUUUAAUCUGAUUUUGUCC